AUGUCUAACGUUGAUUCUGCACACUUAAAUGUUGAUGUUAUCAUAGCUGGUGGUGGCACGAGUGGCUGUGUGAUAGCAAGCCGCUUAGCUACUGCUGAUCCAUCAUUAACAAUACUUGUCCUUGAGUCAGGACCAGCUACUCGUGAUAAUGUAUCCGUUGUUCAACCUGGACGAUACUUUGAGCAUUUGGUGCCUACAAGCCCCACCACAAAGUUCUACAUGUCAAAGGCCACCCCUAAUGUAGGAGAUCGCUUGCUUCCAGUGCCAUGUGGACAGUGUUUAGGAGGGGGAUCAAGCAUUAAUUUCAUGAAAUAUACUAGAGCAUCUGCUUCAGACUUUGAUGCAUGGAAAAAUGAUCACAAAAAUCUGGGAUGGGGGUGCAGCGACUUACUGCCACUUCUUCGAAAGACGGAGACAUUCCAAGUAAAGCCAGGAAUGGAUACACAUGGAUACGAAGGACCACUGAAGGUUUCUUAUGGUGGCCAAUUCACUAACAUCGGUGAUAGCUUCCUGGAGACAUGUGCAAAGUAUGAUACAAGGAGGACUAGUACAGACGAUCCAAAUGGGCUUUAUGAGUGCAACAAGUAUGGGAAAUGGGCAAAGUGGAUAGAUGCCAAAACAGGCAGACGUUCAGAUGUUCCCCAUGGAUUUAUCUACGAUAGGGAGCGGCCUAAUCUCCAGAUUUUGACAGGAGUCCAAGUAAAGCGUGUCAUUUUUGAGAAUAAUCAUGCUGUCGGUGUCGAGUUCCUCCCUAACCAAAAUGUGCAGCCAAACAACAUGACUAGCCUUGCAGUUGCUCAAGCCCGAAAGUUGGUUGUACUAUCAUCUGGUGCCUUUGGCAGCCCUGCCAUCCUGGAGCGAUCGGGCGUGGGACAGGCAUCACUAUUACAAAAGCUUGGCAUAGCACAAGUGGCAGAUUCUCCUGGUGUAGGAGAGAACUACCAAGACCAUUUGGGAGUCUUCUGCCAAUAUUAUGUAGAUGAUGAAGCAGACUCGUUGCGUGGGAUUAUACAGCAGCAACCAGAUGCAAUCAAGGAACUUACUGCUCAGUGGUCACAGGAUGGUUCAGGACUAUUGGCACAGAAUGCAAUUGAUGCAGGCAUUAAAUUGAGGCCUCUGCCAGAUGAAUUGAAGGAGAUUGGGUCAGACUUCAGUGCAACAUGGGAUCGUACAUUUGUUAAUACACCAGACAAAGCCAUUAUGUGGAUAGGAAUAGGUGCUGUUACAAUGCCUCAUCCAGCUGGAAUGCCUGUACGAAAAUGCUGCAACCUUCUCCAUUUCUUGUAUUAUCCAAAUAGUCAUGGUCACCUUCAUAUCACCUCUGCAGAUGAUAUAAACUCUCACCCGGAUUUCGAUGCAGCAUUCCUCACUGACAAAUCGGAUACUGCUUUGCUUCGAUGGGGAUACAAGAGACAGCGUGAAUAUGCCCGCCGUCUCCCUCUGUUCCGCGGAGAAUUUGUGGAAGGACAUCCUCUCUUCUCUGAGCAGAGCGAAGUGCGCUGCAUAGCAGAGCAAUCUCCUGUGGCCCCCAACUCGCCAGAUCUGAAGUACACUGCUGAAGAUGAUGAAGUCAUAGAUGACUUUACACGCAAGAAUUUCACCACAGUGUGGCAUUCUCUUGGAACAUGCGCUAUGAAACCAUUCAAGGAUGGAGGAGUUGUGGACUCAAGGCUCAAUGUAUAUGGGGUCCAAGGCCUCAAAGUAGCAGACCUGUCUAUAGUUCCAUCUAAUGUUGGUGCUAAUACAUACUCUACCGCUCUUGUAGUUGCAGAGAAGGCUGCUACUCUAAUUGCAGAGGAACUUGGUAUAUCUCUCUGA